GGCGGGGCGCCGAGUCUCCUUGAGUCCCUCGGCGGGUUGCGGCCUAGUCGGCCUGAGCACCCCGGGCGGCGAGAUGGGAGGCGGCGGCAGCGCUCCGCGGAGGGUCACCUUCGAGGCGGACGAGAACGACCAUGUCACGGUGGUCAAGGGCGUCCGGCUGUCUGAAAAUGUUAUAGAACGAAUGAAGGAACCUUCUUCACCUGGUGGAAAGUCUCAGCAGAGAUCUGGAUCUGGUGGUCAUGGUGAGGUGGGAGGCGCAACAGUGAAUGAAGAAGACCUAAAGAAAAGAAUAGCUGAAGAAUUGGCCUUGGAACAAGCCCGAAGAGAUGCUGAAGCUCAUAAAAGAUUAAAAAAAGAUCAAAUGCACGUUCGGGACGAAAUAAGCAAAGUCCUUGAGCGAGAGCGGGCUGCCUCCAAUGAACAUUUGGCCAGAGCCAUCCUUAGAGAAAGAGCUGCGACCGAAGAGGAACGCCUGAAAACACAACUCUUGGAGAUGGAAAUUAAGGCCAAGCAGCUGGAAGAGAGAGACAGAGAGCUGAAGAAGCAUGAUGCAUACUACAAAGAGCAGCUGGCUCGACUGGAAGAGAGGAGUGCUCAGUUCUACAAAGUCACCACAGAACAGUACCAAAAAGCCGUUGAUGAGGUAGACGCCAGAUUCAAGCGAUACGAGUCUCACCCAGUGUGUGCUGAUCUGCAGAGCAAAAUCCUCCAGUGCUAUCAGCAGAACCCCCAGCAGACACUCAGCUGCUCAGCCCUGGCCAGCGAGUACUUGAAGUGUGUCAACCAUGCCAAGCAGAGCAUGGCUGGCAGAGGAGGAUAAAGGUCCCUCUGUGUCAAGCAUCAAUCCAUCAACUCCAGUUCCAGCAGCAGAAUGGGGUGUUUUAUUCAAGAGCAAUCCAACAGCCCAUUCACAGGGCGGGCUGGGAGAGAGAACACAUCCAGAAGGGCCGCAUCAAGACCAGUGGACCUCAUGGCUCAGCCAGUGUGGCCAAGACCUGCCUCUCGUUAUGCUAAGAAUUGCACAUCUAGCGGCAGCUUGUAAAUCUCGCUUAGUAGCCAUUGAGGAAAGGAAAGGCAGAAGCCUACUGGCCUUCAUGGCGGUGGGUGGGGAGAAUCUCCUCCAGGCUAUCCUGCUCCCUCUGCCAGCCGUUUCUCCGGGUCUGCGUUGGCUGCCUACUGGGAUCUUCUCGAUGUUCCAUUUUUCCUUUGCAUAAUCAUGAGGAUGUUAGUUUAAUUUAUUGCCAGAAUUAUGUCACCAAAAGAGUCAUCUGUCUUCCCCUCUGCUGGAAUCAUGUUUCUAAAGGCUCUGUUGCAUGGGAGUUCAUUGAUUGCAAAUUAUAAUUGUAAUGUGGCAUCUGAUUACAUUGUAACAGUGCCCUACCAGUGUGCUGUGUUAUCACCAAGUACUGACAAUUAUGUGUCUCAGUAUCAAUAAUAAAAUACAUUUUGUGAAAUGGA